UUCACUUGGCUCACACGGCGCAGAAGGCACUGGGAGCACACACCGCCAGGCUGUGCGCAGAGCCGGAGCCAGAGGCCGCGGACACCCAAUGCACGCCCCCAGCUGAAGCAGAAGCACCUCGGAGCCGCAACCCCGGCAGCCCAGCGGCUCUCAGGGAGCUGAGAUCUAGAGGAAGCCCAGCAGAGAGAGCUCCGAGGCCCCACCAGGACUGUCCUCACCGUCGCUCUUCUGCAGACAGGCGCGCACAGUGGCCCCGGCUCGCCGUGCCAUGGAGCGGAUCCCCAGCGCGCAGCCGCCCCCCUCCUGCCUGCCCAAGGCGCCAGGACUGGAGCCCGGAGACCUACCAGGGAUGGAUUUUGCCCAAAUGUACCAAGUGUACAAGUCGAGGCGGGGAAUAAAGCGGAGUGAAGACAGCAAGGAGACCUACAAACUGCCGCACCGGCUCAUCGAGAAAAAGAGACGUGACCGGAUUAACGAGUGCAUCGCCCAACUGAAGGAUCUCCUACCCGAACAUCUCAAACUUACAACUCUGGGUCACCUGGAGAAAGCAGUGGUUCUUGAACUCACCUUGAAGCACGUGAAAGCGCUGACGAACCUAAUUGAGCAGCAGCAGCAGAAAAUCAUGGCCCUGCAGAGCGGCCUCCAAGCUGGUGAGCUGUCAGGAAGAAACGUGGAAGCAGGUCAAGAGAUGUUCUGUUCGGGUUUCCAGACGUGUGCCCGGGAGGUGCUGCAGUACCUGGCCAAGCACGAGAACACUCGGGACCUGAAGUCUUCGCAGCUCGUAACCCACCUGCACCGGGUGGUCUCGGAGCUGCUGCAGGGCGGCACCUCCCGGAAGGUGGCAGAUCCAGCUCCCAAAGCCAUGGACUUCAAGGAGAAGCCCAGCUCCCUGGCCAAAAGCUCCGAAGGCCCUGGGAAGAACUGUGUGCCCGUCAUUCAGCGGACUUUCGCUCACUCGAGUGGGGAGCAGAGUGGCAGCGACACAGACACAGACAGUGGCUAUGGAGGCGAGUUGGAGAAAGGUGACUUGCGCAGCGAGCAGCCGUACCUCAAAAAUGAUCAUGGACGCAGGUUCACUGCAGGAGAACGGAUCGGUGCUAUUAAGCAAGAAUCCGAAGAACCCCCCACAAAAAAGAGCAGAAUGCAGCUCUCAGAUGAUGAAGGCCGCUUCCCUAGCAGUGACCUGAUCAGCUCCCCAUUCCUGGGCCCACACCCACACCAGCCCCCUUUUUGCCUGCCCUUCUAUCUGAUCCCACCGUCAGCAACGGCCUACCUGCCCAUGCUGGAGAAGUGCUGGUACCCCACCUCUGUCCCCCUGUUAUACCCAGGCCUCAAUGCCUCCGCUGCAGCCCUCUCCAGCUUCAUGAACCCAGACAAGAUCUCGGGUCCCUUGCUCAUGCCCCAGAGACUCCCUUCUCCCUUGCCACCCCAUCCGGCCAUUGAUUCUUCCACCCUGCUCCAAGCCUUGAAGCAGAUCCCCCCUUUAAACUUAGAAACCAAAGACUAGACUCUUUAGGGGAUCCUGCUGCAUCGCUUCUCAUCCUCCCUUCUUCCAAAAAAAAAAAAAAGUGUGUGAGUGCAGCCAGGUUGUUUGGUGCGUGUGCCGAGGUCGCUGGGGCAUGGGGAGAGAGCUGGGUGUGUGUGCGUGUGUGGCGUGUGUUGGUUUAAGAUGUUAAAGCUCCUUUUGGCCCAGGGAAGACAUGAAGGAUUGCCUGCCAUCAGGAGAUUUAGGGGGAUUGUAGCAGACCUCUGGGCUUUUCCCCACCCAGAGAAUAACCCCCUCUGAUACGAAUCAGCUGGAUUUUCAAAAGCUUCAACGUCUUGGUCUAUGAGUCAAUCUUCACUUUGGGAUCUGGGUCUGUGGCUUUGAGAAAAAGGUACUUUCAAAAGAGGGCUUUCCAAAGCACAGUUCCCAGCCAGCUCUUCGACCCCACCCUUCUCCCUUGUGUUGUUGCCAUGACUCACUGCACAGGGAGAGGGCAGCCAGGCUGAGCUCUCUGCAAAGUGGUGAGGUAGCAGACACUGGCCUCGCACGGUAGUGGUUUGGGGAGAUUUCCGCAGGUCUGCUCCCCACCCCUGCCUCGACGAACAAAGAGAAUGUAGUUCCCUCCUCCGGCUUUCGUAUUGAUUAGCUUACUGCGGAACUGAAAGGGCCUUCAGACAAGCCAGCUGCCGAGGGAUGUGAGCAGUCCCCCGGGGCCCUGGGCACCUGUUUCUAGGUCUCACCUUAGAAAGUCUUGCUGUCCAGGGAACGGAACCAGGGUCUGAGAGGUGCCGAUGCCGAUGUUCCCAGCGCCCCAAAGUGCGUCAGGCUGAGUAACAAGUCGCUGCCUUCCACAAGCAAAGCUAGACUCGGUGUUCUCUCCUGAAGCUUCUCUGAACCAAGCUCAGCUUCUCCAAGGCCCACCCAACCCUAACGAGCCCCUUUCUGUAGGCUUAUCCCCUCGCCCCGCGGCACAUGGAGUGUCCUUAUCGCUGGAAAGGAUUCUGUCUCCUUCAGAGAACUUUUAUUUUUGGUCCAGAGGACUUGUUUUCUGACUUGUCCAGCCAGCCCUGCACCAGCUUUUCAAAAUGCACUAUGCUUGAUCGCAGAUCGCGUUUUAACUCUUUCGUUUCCUGUUUUUAUUUUGGUAUCAAGUCGUUGCCUUUAUUUGUAAAACUGUUAUAAAUAUAUAUUAUAUAAAUAUAUUAAAGAGGAAACUGUUUCAGAUGUUUAUUUGUAUAAUUACUUGAUCUACAAAGUGAGAAAAAAUGAAUGUAUUCCUGUUUUUUGAAGAGGAGAAUAAUUUUUUUCUCUAGGGAGAGGUACAGUGUUUAUAUUUCGGAGCCUUCCUGAAGGUGUGAAAUUGUAAAUAUUUUUAUCUAUGAGUCGAUGUCCAGUAGUUGUUUUAAAGUACUUAAUAAAAUAAC